UUCUAGGUACAGGAGAAAGUGGGAAGAGCACAUUCAUUAAACAGAUGAGAAUAAUCCAUGGUACUGGCUAUUCAGAAGAAGACAAAAAGGGCUUUACCAAGCUUGUUUUUCAGAAUAUCUUUACUGCAAUUCAAUCUAUGAUCCGUGCCAUGGAAACAUUAAAAAUUCUUUACAAAUACGAACAGAACAAGGCUAAUGCACUCCUUGUGAGAGAAAUUGAUGUGGAAAAAGUGUGUACAUUUGAACAGCCAUAUGUUAGUGCAAUCAAAACCUUGUGGAAUGACCCAGGUAUCCAAGAAUGCUAUGAUAGGCGUCGGGAAUACCAGCUGUCAGACUCUGCCAAAUAUUACUUGUCUGACGUGGAUCGUAUUUCUAAGCCUGGGUACCUGCCCACACAGCAAGAUGUAUUGCGUGUCAGAGUGCCAACAACUGGUAUUAUAGAGUACCCUUUGACCUGGAAAACAUCAUCUUUAGGAAUGGUUGAUGUAGGAGGUCAAAGAUCUGAGCGGAGAAAGUGGAUACACUGCUUUGAGAACGUUACAUCCAUAAUGUUCCUUGUUGCCCUUAGUGAAUAUGACCAGGUUCUUGUGGAGUCUGAUAACGAGAACCGGAUGGAGGAGAGCAAGGCUCUUUUCAGAACAAUUAUCACAUACCCCUGGUUCCAGAAUUCUUCAGUAAUUUUGUUCCUCAAUAAGAAGGACCUUCUUGAAGACAAGAUCAUGUACUCUCACCUUGUAGAUUAUUUUCCUGAGUUUGAUGGCCCUCAACGAGAUGCAACGACCGCUCGUGAAUUCAUCUUGAAAAUGUUUGUGGAUCUGAAUCCCGACAGUGACAAAAUAAUCUACUCACAUUUUACCUGCGCCACAGACACAGAAAACAUCCGCUUUGUAUUUGCUGCUGUAAAAGACACCAUCCUACAGCUAAACCUUAAAGAGUACAACCUGGUGUGA